AACGUACUCCAGUUCUUACCAUCUCUAGCGCCCUCUAGUAACCCUCUUCUGCCGCAAGCUGAUACCACGAGAUAAUUAUGGGGAAGAAUGGUUGCUGUGGACUGAGUCUCUGUAUUAUUUUUUUCCUGUUUUUCUUGUCCUUCUCCAGUAUAGCCAAUAGCGCGGUAUGGGCUAAGCCAGGCUGUCACGUUGUUGGUCAUACACGUAAAAUCCGGAUUCCAAAUUGCGUCGAGUUCCAAAUGACCACCAACGCAUGUCGAGGUUUUUGCGAAAGCUGGGCAGUACCUACAACCCUCGAGGCACUUCUUGUAAAUCCCAAUCAACCUAUUACUUCCGUCGCCCAAUGCUGUAACAUGAUGGAGACCGAAGAUAUACAGGUUAGCGUGCUGUGCCUUGGAGGGAUAAAGGAGUUGACCUUCAAGUCCGCAAAAUCAUGCAGCUGCUUCCAUUGCAAGAAGGAUUAGCAGAGAUACAGCGAAAUCCAGUAUUACCUACAUAAAUGAAAGGACUGGUAAUCCAGAAGAAAUUGAUAAAACGGCACGACCCUGAUAAUUGCAAGUCACUCAUUUAUUUAAAAACUUAGAAGUAACACAAGAAACAUUUAUUUUCUGUCGCAAUACUGAAAACGCCAAAAAAUUGCAUAUUUCAUUUAAAAAAUCUGAACGUAUAAUUAUACAAUAGAUGCAUAUAUAGAUAAUUAUGCAAUAGAUCAUUAUACUGGAUUCCAAGCGUUUUCUUUUUUUCUUUUUUUUUAAAUUAUGUCCGUAACACGGGUGAUUUUUUGGUAUUUGAAAAUGGUAAGGCAUUCCCUGUAAAUAUUAAAUAAUUAUUAACGUUGCAUUCUACAAGCGUCGCGCAGCAUCAUCUCUCACUGUUUCGCUGGACCUAAAUAUUUUAGUUCAUGCUUGGUACCUUUACUCGAAGGAUUUGGCAUCAGUAGAUAUUAUGAGAAUUAUAUGUCUGAUAAAUGAUGCGUAUUAUUUACCUAUAGAAAUCGGUAAAUAUCUAACGAUCCAUGUCUCAUAAUCUCUUCUUUCGAUGUUGCCCGACUCAUUGACUUUCUACCGAUGACUUUUUACUAGCGUAAUUGGUAUUUUGGAAAAUGUCUAAUUUUUUCUCAAGAAAAUUAGUCGUUUUUGCAUAGCCCUCAAGUAUCUCAUGACAUUUUCGCUGGGGCUGGCCGCUCAUCGACGUAUGGUACAUCGAUGACGUUGAGAAAUUCUUGAUGAACUUGAAGGACAUUUAGGCUUCUUUCUUGUUAUAGUCGAUAUACGAUAGAAAGUUAUUCCUAAGGAACAAGUUAUAUACUAUUAAUGUGUAACACGAUGAAUAAUAGUGAUUCGUGGUAAUUGAUGUUAUUUGUACAUUUUUUGACUUUCUUUUUCUUACGUUUUAACCUUACUACGAGAUAUUUAUAUUUAAGUCAAUCGUUGACACUACCGUGGUACUCUUUCUGUGUUAUCCUCUAGUCGCUUCAUCUAUGAUAGGAUAAUUUCUUUGUAGAUCAAAGUGUUAAUAAAAGGUAUAUAUU